AUGUCGAUGAAGACACCCCAAGGGAUGAAGAAAGGUGUGCUCACAAACGUGUGGCACAUCCCAAAGUUAUCCAGAAACCUGUUCUCGGUCGGCCGCUUCACCAAGGAUGUCGGCCCAGUGACGUUCACGAAGGAUGGGUGCUAUGGAGAAGCGAAAGGGACCAAGUGGAAAAUUGGUGCCCGUGAAGGUAAAGGACUGUUCAAGCUGCAAAUGACUCCAGUGGCGCCGGAACAAGCAAAUGCAGCCAAGUCGUCGGGAUGUCAAGGGGGCACCAAGUCGUACCUCUGGCACCUUCGGCUUGGCCACAUAGGUCACGAUGGACUCAAUUGCAUCGUGACGAAGAACAUUGGAAUUGGCAUCGACAUAUCUUCGGUGAAGAAGUGGGACGUGUGUGAAGGUUGUGCUCUGGGAAAACAGACUCGAGUGCGCUUCCAAUCAAACACUACAGCUCGCACCUCCAAACUCCUCGAAGUGAUUCACAGCGACGUAUGCGGACCGAUGUCGAUGGCAACUUUCAGUGGAAAACGGUACUUCGUGACAUUCAUUGAUGACAAGUCAAGAUACUGUGUCGUCUAUCUGCUCAAGAGCAAAUCUGAAGUUGCGGCGAAGUUCAUGGAAUACGCUGCGAUGGCCGAAACGCAAACCGGAAAGCGCGUGAAGUACCUUCAAAGCGACAAUGGGGGUGAAUACAAGUCCGACAAGCUGGCACGAUUCUGCGCGGAACGGGGAAUACAACAAAGGUUCACACACCCAUAUACUCCUCAGCUAAACGGAGUAGCUGAGAGAAUGAAUCGCACGCUGGUCGAGGUGCGCGUUGCAUGA